GCCAAAGAUGCGGCGGGGCUGGAAAAUGGCUCUGUCUGGGGUGCUGCGGUGCUGCCGCCGGGUACUGUCCUGGAUGCCGGUACUCGUUAUCGUCCUCGUCGUGCUAUGGUCCUACUACGCCUACGUCUUUGAACUCUGCCUGGUGACUGUGUUGAGCCCAGCAGAAAAAGUUGUCUACCUCAUACUCUACCAUGCCAUCUUUGUGUUCUUUGCCUGGACCUACUGGAAGUCUAUCUUUACACUCCCACAGCAGCCAAACCAGAAGUUCCACUUGUCCUAUACAGACAAGGAACGCUAUGAAAAUGAAGAGAGACCUGAAGUCCAGAAGCAGAUGCUUGUUGAUAUGGCCAAGAAGCUACCAGUUUACACAAGAACUGGGAGUGGAGCUGUACGAUUCUGUGAUCGAUGUCAUCUGAUCAAGCCAGACCGCUGCCACCACUGCUCUGUCUGUGCCAUGUGUGUAUUAAAAAUGGACCAUCACUGCCCUUGGGUUAAUAACUGCAUUGGAUUUUCCAACUACAAAUUCUUCCUUCAGUUCUUAGCUUACUCUGUUCUCUACUGCCUGUACAUUGCUACAACAGUCUUCAGCUAUUUCAUCAAAUAUUGGAGAGGUGAAUUGCCCAGUGUUCGCUCUAAGUUCCAUGUCCUUUUUCUCCUCUUUGUGGCCUGCAUGUUUUUUGUCAGCCUUGUGAUUCUCUUUGGUUACCAUUGUUGGCUUGUCAGCAGAAACAAAACCACCUUAGAGGCCUUCUGCACUCCAGUGUUCACAAGUGGCCCAGAGAAAAAUGGGUUCAACCUUGGCUUAAUGAAAAAUAUCCAGCAGGUGUUUGGAGAUAACAAGAAGUUCUGGUUAAUACCUAUUGGGUCUAGCCCUGGUGAUGGACACUCCUUCCCUAUGAGGUCUAUGAAUGAGUCACAGAACCCACUGUUAGCAAAUGAAGAGCCCUGGGAAGACAAUGAGGAAGACAACCGAGGACCCACCACCUCCCAUGAAGCUUACAGAGUUGAGUGUCGGGAACCACUCAAUCUUCAAAAUAAGUCACCAUGGUGGAUUGAAAUCUUCACAAUUUGAAAGCAUUCCAUCAGAUACUUGCUGUGCAGAUAUUUCGAGACUACAAUUUAAUUUACUGACUCAACUUACCAGUUUGGUAGCAAUUAAUUCAAAGCAGUCUUCCCUUCUUUCUUCAUUUCAUUUCCCAUUCCCAAUCCAUGAAAGCCUAAAUGUAACAUCUAUAUCUUUCCAGAGACUCUUCAUUCAUCUUGUCAGGUAAAAGGGAAUUCAUAAGAUUUCCUUGUAGUCUUUUAUUGCCCUGGAAAGACUACUAACUUAUCUACAGGGUUUUUGUGGUAUUGAGAAAAAUCAGACUACGUUUGCUGCUUGUGUGCAUGUGCAUUUAUAAACAUGUAUAUGUGCAGCAUAUGUAUACAAAAUUCUGCUGUGAUGUGUAAAUCAAGGUAAAAAAAUUAAGGAGCUCUGAAGCUUGUAAUCAUGCUUUUUCUUUAAAUAGAAAAUUUGAAUAUUAUCUGAGCUUUGAACACCAUCCCCAUAUCAGGUAUCUAAAAUUGUAAAGGGAGGUUCAACACAUUGUGAGGAGUUCCUCAAAUUGGGAAUUGAGCAACAAUGUAAAACCUGCUCUCUGUCCAGGGGAAUUGCCUGUCACAGAUGUUCCUGAAAGCACCACAGCUAAUAGAUGAGAUCAGAUCAGACUUCCACUUUAUCAAUCAUAACCAUUGGUGUCUUAAAGACUUUAAUGCCAGACUGAGGUCAAAUUCCCCAAUUAUGUUUAUUCAUUUCACUGCUACCUAGCUUUAUUUUAGCCUUUAUGAAUUACUUUUAAGAUGAAAGAAACACUAUAAGCCUAACUUAUGGAUCAUGGGUUUUGUUAAGGGGCUUAUCAGUGAUUUUCAGGUUCAAUUUACAAUUCUGUUCUUAAGGGUAAAAUUUCACAGCUGACAUUAGCCUGAGGACUAGCACUAAAGAUCUGUGCUUUCAAAGCAAAGGUUAGUGUAUAUAUCAAUAAUAAACUAAGUAAUAUGCCAAUCCUUCCCCCUAUUUUUUAGCCUCAGUGGUAGCUCAGCCAUUAAGACUGUUUACAUCCAUUUCCCCAUUUAUUUAUAAUCAGUCUUUCUUUUAGUCUUAGUGGCUGAAUCAAUGCAUAUGAACGCUGAUGCUGCUUCUUUACAAUAAUAAUACCUAAGAGUAUUGAUGUUUUUUCAUUUCUCUAUCAGUGCUCUAGUGUCCAGCUGCUGACAAUAGAAGACCCAACUCUUAAACAGAUCAGUGGGAGUUAAAGGCAUCUUACAGAUACCAAGGAAUUGAGCUCUUAAAUGGAUGAUUAGAUUUACUAAAUCAUCCCCACCACUUCACCCCACCCCAACACCUGAGUUAAAAAAAAGUUGCCUGUCACAAACAAUUCAUUAGACAGGACCCCAGUGGAGCUGAGAAGGCAAGCAAUCAGCUACUUAAAGCAAAGAAAACCUGUUCAUUUGGACCCUCUAGUAAUUUUGGCCAAGAUGAGACUUUUAGCAUAAAUUAAAUGGAUUGUGGCCUACAUUUCAUUUGAGAGAAUAUUAGACAUGACUAAGUCUGUUAGGGUGAGGGACCGUUUCUCAAACUCAUGCUCGGAAGCAGCGGGAAGACUAUGCACAUCGGGUUUCACGAUGAAAUUGUAUAUGCUCAGAUGGGAAGUUUUUCUCCUUUCCUCUCUCCAAAACAUCGUCGUUUAGGUUUUUCUUGACAACUUAUUUGGCCAUCCACAUGGUCUGUCUUAUGAUGGACAGACAAGCUUUGCCUUCUAUUUAUAUAGAAAGGCACCUUUCUCUAAAGAUAGGGACAUUACUUACUCCACAGCCAGGGACUUCAGAGCAAUGAUUCAAAUUCAGGAAGGCAUCAAGAACUUCUUUGAUGCAUAGUGUAUCAGCAUUCACCACUCACAGAAAUCAGAUCACAAAAGGCAGUGCCAGUAACUUCCACACUGGGAGGGUAAAGCUCAAGAGGUCUGUAAUGCAGAGCUGACUGUUUACUGCCUUACAGACUCACACUUUCUUCAAAAGACCAAAUAAAUCAGGGUUUCACCUGAGGGCUUGAAGAAAAAAGAAACUUCUAUUCCUAUCUUAGCACCUUGAUCCUACUAGUGUAUAGACUCUGAUAAUACCCUGGCGAAAAUAUCCCUAUCAGUAGAACAGAGUGUUGACUACUGCACAUAGGCAGCCCCCACCUCACCCCCGCCAACUAGUUGAUUAUUUAUAAAGAGGAAAGAGGUUAAUUUGAUAAUUAGUGUGCCCUGAUCUGGCUCCUUUGCUUGCUCUUUGUUUGGGGCCCUGGCCAGUAACCUCUGUGGGAUCUCAUUCCCCAAUCUUUGGUACUCAUCUUCCCCAUUUGCAAAAGGAAGAUACUCAUUGUUAGGAUCCUACAAAUGAAAGGUGCUAUGUAACUCCCCAGUGCUCUUAUAUGUCUUUAAUUGCAGGACUUGAAUGAGAAGUAUAACCAUCACAGUAUUUCUAAGCAAACCAUGAUCUCUAUUCUUUCUUCCAUGCUAUCAUGACAGAUUUGUUCUUGCAGAGUUUAGAGUACUUUAUUAAUAAUAUUUUUUCUAUUCAGUCAACAGUGUCCUUAGAAAGAAAGACAGGAUAAAAUUAUUUGCCCCAGGGUGCAAUUGGAAAAAUCAAGGGUGAAAGAAACAAAAUGCCCUUGAAAGGCACAUAACUAUCUUGUGUAGAGUUCACAGUUACUGUGUCCAGUGCACUGUUAGAGUAACUUGGCUUCCCAUACUGGAAUUACCAUGGGGCAGCUUAGAAUUUUGAGAGCCAUUAGGAUAGGUUGACAUUCCAAGAGUCCCACUUUGUCCAAAUUCUGAAAGUAUGCAAUUUAUACAACUCUCAUUUUCUAUGUGAUAAAAAUUAACCUGUACCUCUUCCCAUCACUGGUCCUGUGUGGCAUGGAUAUUUCACACUAUGUGUCAUCAGCCAGUGCCAUUAUCUACUGUGGUGCCCAUAGAGCCUGAUCUCAGGGCUGUCCUUGCCAGUGAAAAGAAUGUGCUUUCCCAUUUUAUGCUGAAAUGCACCAAGUAUAGAUAUCGAGGAUAAUGGAAAUUUAAGCACAAUCCUAGCAGGUAUGUUUUAAGAAAAUUGAGUAUACAUUAUUAUUGUAUCAUGUACCUGAAAUUUAACAAGGCCCAAACUCACAGGAAAGUAAUUCAUGCAAAGCCCAUCCCUUUCACCUCUCAUUGCACAUAUAUACAGACACACAUGCAUGCAUGCACACAUACACACUGCCCCCAAAGGAGGCUGACUGGUCACCAGAAGCAAAUACUUCAAAAGAAUCAUUCAUUGCCUUUCCUUUUAGAAAAAAAUCCAAUGGUCACUGCUGGUGAAGAACAUUCCAUUAAUAUAUUCUAGAACCUCUGUUCCCACAGUGGCUAAUUUACCCAGUUGGUGCAAAAGACAUGUACUGUGCCUCUACCAAAGGGCAUCUAACAAGAUUGUUAGAUACUUCCACAAGUCCCAUUUACUUAGGAACUUCAUGACCUUCAUCCAAUAAGUAGGAAAUGAUUUAUGAAGUAUGGUACAUCUGCAUUUCUUUAAACCAUGACUGCAAUGCACCAUAUUAAAUUGUAGCCUUUUGCAUGUGGAUGUUAUGUAAUAUAACUUCUAAUAACAUGCAACCCAUGACUGUUUACUUCCCCGAAAGGGCUAGGGCUGUGUCCUGCACAGCACUCAAAACUAUUAAAUGUGUUCUUUGGAGCAGUCUGAGUGCAUAACUUCAGUCUAGGUACCUGGCCAUCUGCACAAUGAGUUAAAACCAACAAUGAAUGCAAUAUAUCAGGAAAUAGAUUCUUAGGGAAUGGAGUUAAUGUGAAAAAAGUGAUGAGAUUAGAUGCAUUCCAGGAAUAACUGCUUUCACCCUGCUAGCUACAUGAGCAGAGGAAUAUAGCAGAAAAGUUGGGCUGGGUCUUGGUAAUAUAUUAAAUGCAUUGGAAAGUCAAAAAAAGAAAGGUACUGGGGACCUCAGCAGUUAAGCUCAAGUUGCCAAUUUGCUACAAAUUCUUUUUUUCCCAAUAAUCUGAUCAAAAGUGAUUGUAUAUAGUGUUCUUAAAACCAUGUGUCUUGCUGCAGAAAUACUGACAAAUGCUGGCCAGCUUUAUCUUUCUAUGUCAUUUAUAAAAGUAUAUGCUUAUGAAAGUGUGGUUUCUUUUAUAUAUUAGGGUUUUGUUAAAACAAUGUUGGCAAAGCUUAAAACUUCAGACUGCUUUGAUGGAAGUUUCAAUACAUUUCGUUCAAUGGGGUAUAGCAGACUUUAUUUACUCCCAGGUUGGUUGGUAUGUGUGGUUUGCAGAAUCCUCUGUAAUAUCUCUUCUUAACACUGCCCACCCCUCACCCCCCAUGGCUCUUCCUGUGUGUUCAGUGUUUUCCCUCAUAUGUUCCUACAUGGACACGAGUUGGGAAAUUAGCAGCAAUGGCUUUUAGAUAGAAAGCUGAUGAGUUUAAUGGCACUUAAUCAUUCUCAGUCUCUGCUCAGCCUCACUCAUCUUUUGCCUUUCCCUCUGCCACUGUGAUAAGAAAAAGUAAGAACUUAUCUUAUGUGCCUAAGGGUGAUGUGAACUUUGGUUUGCUUUAUCUUACACUGAAGACUACAUUUGUAUUUCUCCAAAUGCAUAUCACCUAAAAAAGAAUACAAUGGUCCUGAGAAAAGAACACAGUGGUUACUUGCUCCUAAAUUAUAUAUUCCCCUGGAGAAAUAUUUGAGGAGACCCUCAUUAAAUAAGCCCCAAACAAUCAUCUGAUCCUCUACAGACAUACCAUUUGCACAGAAAGUCCUUUUCAGACAGAAAGGAGAAAAGUCCCCAAUUAGCCUACCAAAAAGGUAGAAGUCAUUUAAAAUGCAAAGCUUUGAAAGCCGAAGUUUGGAACAGUCAUUGAUUACUAUUUUGACCAAAUAGUAAUGGGGAGCUUGAAUCACUUAGGACUGGCCCAAUCCAGAGAGGUCAGGCUUAACACAACCAGAAAGAAGUCUUUUAUUCCAGUUAACCUUAUAAGAAAGCACUUACUUUGCCCUAGGUAAAAGACCUCAAGCUUCUAUGCUAAAAAUUAUAUUUCAUUUAUUCCAAUGCAUCAGCUACAAACAGGUUUAUUUUAUAUAACAAACACAAUGUAAAAAAUUCAAAAAAUACUAGUAACAAAGGAUAACUGAUUUUUUCUAUAUUUUUUAAAGGCAUAAAAAAGGAGACCCUUAUACAAGAAUCUUACUUGAGUGGUAGUAACCUAGGAAAUUUAAGGCAUACAUGUUUAAAAGGAAACUUUAAUUAAUCGUUAUGGAAAUAAAUGAAGAUAUAUGUAUAAUGUUUUAUGAGUGUAUAAAUACAUUCACAUUCAUUUUAUUCAUGUUAUAAACAACAAAAAUUAUUCAAAUCUAAUUUUCCCACUAUAUGCAGUGUCAUUGAAAAAGUAGUCAGUUUCUUUUUGAAUAUUAAAAUAUUCAUUCUCACAUAAUAGCAUCAUGUUUCAAUGUUUAGACUUCCAACUUUAGAGGGGUGGAAAAUUUAUGAUAGAAAAAAGCACAUUUUAAGCAAACUUUUAAGCACAUUUUAAGCAAAAUUUAUUUGAAUAUCUUUAAGGUUUAGAAACAAAUUUUCCUCAUAAACCUUAACUGAAGGACUCAAAUCAAUUCAAAUUAGCAGUUUCAGACCCAGAUCCUGACAAUGUCAGUAAACUCUCAAAUAAGAAUUUAAAUGAAAGUGAAACAAUUCACUGUAUAGGCAAAGCAAAAAUUUUGCUAUUGGAAUGUUAAAGAAUGUAGGGUACCAAUUAGUCAAAAAUGGUCCUUAAGUUAUACUUACCAGUCCACUGUCAUAGCAUAUAUAAAUUACCCAGGACAAUUAGAAAGCACUUAAUAAUGUGGUUCAGAAGGAUUAAAUACAAAUUCAAAUAAUUUGCCUCUGAAUCACAUAGAGUAUGUGGGUGGCAGUGCUACAGGGUAGUGAAAGACUGAGGGUCCUGUGACAUGUGAAAAAGGAGGAAUAAUGGGGACAAUAAGCCAAGAUGGAUAAGAUAACCCCUUUUCCACUUGAUUGUCAUUUCCCCUAAUCUUUGAAGCCUAUUUUCUACUCACAUAUUUUAAUCUAUAAAAUUGCAGUUUUGUUGAGGGUAAAAUUAAUUUUCUUCUUCUAUGUCUAACCUAUUAGCUGAGUGAUCCAGAGACAUCUUCAUAUUUGCAUUUCACCUACUGAUUAUCUGAUUUUCUAACAACCACCUGGAGUACCUAUUUAUAAACAUAUUUUUUUAAAUACUAUCAUUUGUCUGGAUUUAGGAAGUUUUCUACUUUUUAUUCACCUGAAAGAUUUGGACAACUUCAGUUUAGCUAGUCAUCAGAAAGAAACUUUGCAUUCAAAAGGCUGUUCUUCCUUUUUUUUUAACCUAAAAUAACUACUUUACUUCCAACAUGUUCCUAUUCUACCCCAAGAAAACAUACAGACUAUA